UGUACAGCCUGCAGAACCAUGAGGCAAUUCAACCUCUUUUCUUUAUGAAUUACUCAUUCUCAGGCAGUUCUUUAUAGCAGUGUAGAAACGGACUAAUACGCCAACCCUAUCUGAGUAUGCUCAGCAAAGCUGCAGUACCCAAGAUCAAUCUGCAACAAUCAGUGGUAUUUCCAUACUCUAGCAGUGAAUAACAUGGAUGAACCCUGAUGAAACCAUUAUGCUAAGUGAAAGCAGCCAGACACACAAGGCCUCACAUUUGGUCGUACGAUUCCAUCUAUAGGAAAUCUCCAAAACAGGCUAACCUCUACCGACAGAAAGCAGAUUGACAAGUGGUUGCCAGGGACUAUCGGGAACGUACGUAUGGGCGGGGGGAGAGGGCUGUGUGUGGCGGGGUGUGGGGGUUGGUAGUGGCGGUGUGGAAGGAGGCGUGUGGCAAGUGACUGCUUAUAGGUGCAGGGGUUUCAGUUUCUUUUGAGGGUGUUGAAAAUGUUUUGGAACUAGGUGGUUGUGACGGAUGUGCAACAUUGUGAAGGCGUGGUACCCACUCUCCCCUCGCCCACCCCUCUGUCUUUCCCACAAUGUUCCCAUCCAGUAGAAAGGGAGAGUCCCCACUGGCAGAGAGAGGGUCACGAGCGGGAUUCCCCUCCCCCCACCAUGGCCCUCCAGUCACUUCUAGGCCCAGGCCUGCUCCCUCGAGGCCAAUGGGAAAGCGCUGAGGUCACCUGAUGGACGUGUCCCUUGUGAGGCCGUCACCGCGUGCGUGCCCCUCACCGCGUGCGUGCCCCUCACCGGACGUGCGUGCCCCUCACCGGACGUGCGUGCCCCUCACCGGACGUGCGUGCCCCUCACCGGACGUGCGUGCCCAUUGGUUUCGGCUCCCCAGCCAAUGAGGGGCUGGGCCCUGGUCGCUAGGAUACACAGUACUGGACGCGGUAACUGUCAUCUUGAGAGCCAUCUUGUCUAGCUAGGGCAAGCCGAGAUAGCACACUCAACGCCCAGCAUGUCGGAGAGGAGGAGCCAUCGCCGGUCCUCCAGGGCUGGUGGCCGGGGGCGGACCCGCUCUCGCACCGUCCGAGCGGAGCUUUCGUUUUCGGUGAGCCAGGUGGAGCGCGGUCUACGGGAGGGCCACUACGCUCAGCGCCUGAGUCCCACGGCGCCGGUCUACCUCGCUGCGGUUAUCGAGUACCUGACGGCCAAGGUCCUGGAGCUGGCGGGCAACGAGGCCCAGAACAACGGAGAGAGGAACAUCACUCCACUGCUGCUGGACAUGGCGGUUCACAACAACAGGCUGCUGAGCACCCUUUUUGACACAACCACCAUCUCUCAAGUGGCCCCCGGCGGGGACUAGCUUCUGACGCCCGGCCCCUGGGACCUGGCAGGUCCACUCGUCCACCCACCCAGCCCCAAACUCCCCGGCCUCAAAUCCCCCGGCCCGAACCCCCGGCCUUAAAUCAACCCCCACCACCCGGGCCCCAAAGUCUUGGGUCUUCAUUAAUUCUGUCAAUAAAAUGUUUAAAGGAACCC